CUCUUUAUGUUGUGUAUAUGUUUGUUCGAUUUGAGUUGAGUCGAGUUUGCGUUCAUCUUCUGUUAUUUCUCUCUCCCUGUGUGUGUGUGUGAGUAUGUUUGAGCAAAGCAUUCAAUGCCAAAUAUCCUUGCGAAAAUAAGAUAGCCUUAUUGCCACCUAGAAUGAAGCAAAAAGAAAUGGAAACAUCGUUUUUAAGAUGAUUUCAGCAAAAGCGUACCACAAAAAAAAAAACAACAUUUACCACACACAAACCUAAACGUACGCAUACAAUAUCAUGCAAAAUUUAAUAUUAUUAUGCUCUAAAAAAAUUAUUUAUAGGCAGUGUGAAAAUAAGCGAUAAAUGAAAUAUUAAUUUUUACAGUCAUAACAUAAUAUCUACAAAUACAAAGUGUUGUGUUCUUUAUCAUCCCAAAUAAGAAAGUUACCCAUAAUAAGGGGUGUUUUCUUUUCCUCUUCCCUUCAGGCACCCAGAAUUUAAAAUAAAACAAAAAUAAGUUGCAGUGAGUAAGUGAGCGAUGAUGCAAAAGUGAAUAAUACAAAACAAAAUUAAAUGGAAAUUGGAAAAAAAGAUUAUAAAGUAAAAACAAGCCCUAACAAAUUACCACCACCAAGUUAAACAACAGCAACUACUACUACAACAACAACAAGAUUAUCAAGCCCAGAGAGUAUAAAAGAUAAGAGAUAAGUUGCAACACAAAAUAUUGACAACGACGACGACUACAAUUGCGUUCAACCACAUAUAAUUGCCAACAUUAAUAAAUUACCACCCAACAACAUCUGAUUAAUUUUAUCGUUUUCAAAAAAUAAUAAGAGUCAGUGAAUAGUCUCGCUCCCCUCUUCAUCUCUGCUAAGCUCUUUCUCUGCUCAAAGGGCUUGAGAAUAACAAACAAGUAGUUGCCGACCUAACGAUUUCAACCAUCAUCCACCAUUAGCAAACCAACCAACCAACCACCCACUACACCAUACCAUUGACCACCCAACACAAUCUACGUCAUCAUCUCUUACUCUUGUUGGCGGUGUUCUCUUUUCUCAUCGUCUCAUGUGUAUGCGUGUGUUAUUGCAUCCUAAUUGGAGUUACUUGCACUGAACAUUUUUAAUCAUUCAAGGAGAAAACUCAAUAUUGGCGCCCAACCCAACAGAGAACUGCAACGAGCAACUUAAAGUUGGUUUUACAAUUAUUCCACAAAAAGCUAUUCUCCAACUAAUGGAAUUUAGAUAAAUCAGCACAAACAAACAACCCGACACCCAAUUUCUUGCAUUGCUCUUACAGCAUUGUGAGGGAGGAGUAGGAAAAAGGAAUACAGAUUCAAAACACACCCAUGCAAUGGAUUAUUUUGGACUAAUCUAGCUAACCAAAACAAAAAAAAAUAUACAGAAAACUAUGAAAUGGAUUGUCUUACUUGAAAUCACUAGUUGUGGAUCUACCAGCUAAGGUAUCACGCUAUAUAAUGUGAACUGAGAGAUUGCAGUUGGCUGCAAUCUGUUAAAUAUAAAGGAAAUCUAUAGACUUUGAGACUACUCAAGAGAUUAUUUGGAAACCAAAGAUUUACAUUUAUUCACACACACACACCACCCCCAUACAUCUGGAAAACGCUUCUCCAUACAACCAAUCAUGUCGAAACAUAACGAUAAUGACCAUUUACGUAAUGAUAUUUACGAGAAUUUGCCCUGUCAAGCCAUGUUCAAUGAGUCGGUGCGCAAGAUUCAACAACAGAAAUCGGCUCAGGCUCAUAAUCCCAAUAACAUCAAUCUGAACAAGGCUUUGUCACAGCAAUUGUUGCUAAACAACAUCAGCAAUCAAGGAUCACACAUCACACAAAAUGUUGUCAAUGUGGUAAACUGCAAUUCUAACUCGGCGCCAAAUAACAAACAUCAAAAUCUAGGCAUAGGCAGUGGUCCGCCGCGACACAAUGCGAGCGGACAAAUGCCCAAGGAGAUGAUCUAUGCCACGCCUCUGAGAAAAUCUGAUCGCUACAAAAGUGGUGAGCGGAGUCGUUUAACAGCAGGGCCUGCAGCAAUUUCCCCACGACCCUUGAAAGAAAAUGAGGCGUGCGAAAUGAAAAUGAACAACAUCAUGGACUACAAACCACUCAACACCAGAGACAGCAAUCGUGUGAGCAGUGGUGUCGGCAGUAGUGGGGGCGCUAAUCGCAAUGGUAAUGCUGCAGUACCUGUAACCGACUUGGAUGACGAGCCAGACUCGGGCUGUACCUCGAGUAAUAUGUAUGCUAAUAGGGGAAUACCUUUACCCUCUGGCAGUGGCGGAGGUAGUGGAGGCACCCCCAAUCACCAAUUGGAGGAUCGGCGCAUAUUGAAUUUCCUCAAGGACACCACACAAUUGCAAAAGAAAAUGGAAAUUUCCGGCAAAGAUUGUCCCAAUUCGAGUUUCUCGAAUUUGGCCCGCGAAGAACAUUUUGCCAAUUUGGUACAGCAAAACUUCCCCAUAGAAGCAUCACGCAAGAGCUUCGAUCCUGAAGAUGAAAUGGAGGCAGCCCUAGAAGGAGCUGCCAAUGGCAUGGCAGGGAACCUGGAGGAGACUUCCGACAAUUUAGAGGUCUUUAUGCAAAAGAAGAUAUCACCCGACAAAGAGGUAAAUGGCUUUGUGGGUCAUCGUUCUGAGAUGGGUCACCAUCAGCACCAUCACCAACAUCGUUAUGGCGCCAAAGUUUAUAUAAACCGUGAAUGGGUCCUGAAGAAAAUUGCCAUGUGUUUGGAACAGCGCACAGCGGGGAAGAAAGCCAUACCCGGGCUUUUGGGUCCUUCGUCAAAUAGCAAGAGUGAAGCUUUUGCAAGCUCUUCCAAUUUCAUGUCAUCUCGCACUAAGGCCUCGGCCAUCUCUUCCUCCACCUACAAUGGAUGCCUGGUCUUGGGUUCCAAUGGGUCUGGCAAGACCAGCAUAUGCCAGGCCAUUAUGAAUGGCAACUCAGGAACACGAGGUCUGCUUAAUCGUAAAUUGCUGGCCUCGUACCUUAUUGAAUCCCAAAAUCCCGAGUGCCAUAGCCUGUCGCUAUUCAUACGUAAGUUGGUGCUACAACUGCUCAGUCACUCUUCGCUUAUAGCCAAAGAUGAGAGUCAGCGCAUAAUUGAUGAGGGUUUCUCCUUUCUGCAUGAUGAGGUGCAGCAGCAAGAAUCGAAGCUGGAUGAGGCCAUGAACAAUAUUUCGCUGGAUGAAAAUGCUGAGGAUAUUUUAAUAGCCGAACUUAAGCGAGGGGCCAACGAAUGUGAUAUUGCAGAGUUGGAAAAUUUCCAUGAACGCAGAACCUCCACUUCCAAGAAAUCGGAAAAUUUGCAAUUGAUGCGUCAGAAAUCGGAGCCGGUGCCUCCCACACAUCAGCAUUUGCUGGAAAGGGAGGAUGACGAUGACGAUCAGACGUUGGAGGGUAAAAAGUGUUAUGGCACCCAUCCUCCCAAAGGACAGAAGAAAAAAGCCAGCAAAGAUUUCGAUGAGAAUCGCAAGGACAAUGACACCGAGAAAAGGGAGGGAGCAAAGCAUCGAGAAGACUGCAGCGACAGAGAUUUGUCCUCCACCAAGACCAGUCCUGGCCGUAAAUCCAAGAUUCCGGUGAAAUUAUCCAGGACUGGUCCGGGCGGGGUGGCCUCGCCCAUAAAACUUGUAAACUCCCCCCUAGGUAGUGGUGUGAUUGGCUCUUCGUCCAUUACCUCCCCUCAACAGGGUGGCGGCGAAGAUAUAGCCUCGGUGGCCAAUGAAGAUCUCAAGCAUGAAAUCCAAGCAGCUAUCAAUGAUGAUUCCAAUGCCAGUUCUCUGGAGAAACAAAACAACGAAGACAAACCCGAAGCCGAUAAAGAUAUCGAAGGUUUCUCUCAGCAGCAAUGCCGCGAGAAAGAGAAAGAGACAACGAAUGCCAUCGAGCUUAAGGAGCAGUUGGAGGAUGGGAAGCUCUCGAAAGAGGAGGGCUCUCCCGAGAGAGAUGAAACCGAAAGCAAUCUCAUAGACUUUGAGAGUAAAUCCCAAAAAGAUGCCGCCGACUCAACCAAUCAACCCAUGGCCUCUUUCAGCACUCUACCUCCACCUUUGCCCAAGACGAAAAGCUGUCGCACUAUUAUAGCGGAUGGCUAUUAUGAAUUGCUGCUUUCCAAUCCGGAAAUAUUCGAAUGUCUCACAGUGGACAACAUUGAAAAGAACCCGGAUGAGUGCUUCAAGAAGGCCAUUCUAUUUCCUCUGCUGGAGUUGACUCCACCCAAGACGGCUUUGCUGCUGUUGAUUGAUUCCAUCGAUGAGAAUUACAUUAACGAGGGCAAUCUCAUAUCCACCCUCAAGGGAGGCAGGGGCACUGCUGCCAGCACCCAUAAGAGCCGAAAUGUGGCCGAGCUACUCUCCAAUCAUAUUCACCUCUUUCCCAAGUGGCUUUUCCUGGUGUGCACCACCAAGAAGCAGACGAAACAAAUCACACGAAUGUUUACCGGUUUCAAGAAGAUCACCUUGGAUGAUCUGCGCAAAUCGCAUGUGGUCAAGGAUGUACAGGAGUACAUCAUUAAUCGCUUGAACUCCGAUUUCAAGGACAGCAUUAUGCUCACCAAAGAAAUCAUUGAGUCCUUGCAUCAGCUCUACAUUAAAUCGAAUGGCUGCAUCCUCUAUCUGGAGAAGGUGCUGAAUGGCAUCAAAGAGAACUUCUUUAGUUUUCGCGAGAUCAAACUCAUACCCUGUACCCUGAAUGGCCUGUACUUGUACAUCUGCCAAAAGUCCUUCAACAAGAAGCAGUACAUGAAGAUACGACCAGUGCUCAAUGUGCUGCUGGCCUCCUCGGGCUAUGUGGACAAGCUGUUCCUGUUCAAUUGUUUGCGCACCCACAACUACACCAUCGAUAAUGAGGAGUUCGAGAAGCGACUGCAUCUGAUGAAGAACAUUUUGUUGUACGAUGUGGACCAGCGACGCCUGAAGAUAUUUCACAACUCCUUCUCGGAUUGGUUGGUCGAUGUGAAGUUUGCCACCAAAAAAUUCAUAUGCGAUGUCAAUGAGGGUCAUGUCAUGAUCUCCCUGUACUAUCUGCUGGUUGCGGAGACCCUAUGUGCCAAUACAGUGCGCAAGUUCAUCUAUCACCUCAUCAAGUCGGGUGAAUAUCUGACGAAUCGUAGCAUUGACUUGGACAUGAUCCUUAUGUUGCUAGAGUCCCGUCUGAACCUUAACGAUUGCUUCUACACGAACCACUUAAACUGCUGCUCGUCCUGUGAGGUUGACUUCAAGAAUGAUCCCAACUUUUUACCCAAGACCCGCAACAUGAUUGAGAAAUUCCUAAACAACGAACUGUGUGAUGAGUAUUCCCAGUUGCUGUGUGACUUCUUCAAGCCCAGCCUACCGACAGAUGCUAAAAUUCUUAAGCUGCUCAUAGAGACCGGCAUCAAUAAUGCCGAUUCACAGACUUCCUGCGAGUCCUCCCUAAUGUCUCCGGAACUAUCGGAAAGAUCUCAGAACAUAGACUUUGAACUGGCUGAUUUGCUAAUCUCCAGUGAGAGAUCUUGUAUUCUGGAAACGCAAAGACCCUCCAGUCCUUCGGAGAAGAGUGAGCCUCAUCAUGAAAGUCAGGAUGAUAAUGCCUCCUCUACCCUACAUCAACUGUCCGAUUCGAAUCGCAUAGAGCUGCACAAGGGCAAGGCCUUGAUACACAUUUUGGCAAAUGAUGGCAAUCACUUGUUGCUGGAGCGAGCCCUUAAUGCCUGCAAGGGACCUAUAGAUCUGGAGAUUGAAGACUACAACGGUCAGACUGCCUUGAAUAUAGCCGCUCGCAAUGGUCACUUGGAUGUUGUGAAGCUGCUGCUGAAUUUCUCUCAACCCUGCAAUGAUGGCACGGGACGCAUGAAGAGAGUUGAUGUUAAUCAUGCCGACCGCGACGGUUGGACUCCUCUACGCUCUGCUUCCUGGGGUGGCCACACCGAGGUGGUGAAGCUGUUAAUAGCACAUCCGGCAUGUAAAAUUGAUUUAGCCGAUAAGGAGGGACGCACUGCUUUAAGAGCUGCUGCCUGGAGUGGUCACGAGGAUAUUCUCAAGAUUCUCAUAGAGCAUGGGGCCGAUGUUAACUCUGUGGAUCGCCAAGGGCGUACCUCUCUCAUUGCUGCCUCCUAUAUGGGGCACUAUGACAUUGUUGAGAUUCUGUUGGAGAAUGGAGCUAAUGUGAAUCAUUUGGAUUUGGAUGGACGCAGUGCUUUGUGUGUGGCCGCUUUGUGUGGUUCCUCGGGCUAUAGCAAGGUUAUCUCCACGCUACUGGAACAUGGUGCUAAUACCGAUCAAUUGGAUAACGAUGGCAUGUCUCCCCUGUUGGUCAGCUCCUUCGAGGGCAAUGCUGAGGUCUGCGAAUUGCUGCUGGAGAAUGGUGCAGAUCCUGAUUUAGCUGACUUUAUGGGUCGCACUCCGCUUUGGGCUGCCUGCACCGCUGGGCAUGCCAAUGUGGUUAAACUUUUACUCUUCUGGGGUUGUGGAAUCGAUUGCAUGGACUCCGAGGGUCGAACAGUACUCAGUAUAGCCGCUGCUCAGGGAAAUAUAGAAACUGUCAGACAACUAUUGGAUCGAGGUCUGGAUGAGACACAUCGUGAUAAUGCCGGCUGGACACCGCUGCAUUAUGCGGCCUUUGAGGGCUUCCAUGAGGUUUGCCUGCAGUUAUUGGAAUCGGGUGCAAAAAUCGAUGAGUGCGACAAUGAAGGAAAAACCGCCUUGCAUUUGGCCGCCCAGGAGGGCCGCACCCAAUGCAUUCAAGUUCUGCUGGAAUGUCUAGCCACUUUCGUCGACCAGAAAGCCCACGAUGGCAAGACAGCAUUUCGUUUGGCCUGCAUUGAGGGUCAUUUGGAGACAGUUCAAUAUUUGCUGAAAUACAAUUGCGAUGUGAAUUCUAAAGAUGCCGAUUCGCGAACGACUCUCUACAUAUUGGCUUUGGAGAAUAAGCUGGAGAUGGUUAAAUAUCUGCUAGAGUUUACCGAUGUCGAUGUGAAUAUCUCGGAUAGUGAGGGUCGUACGGCGUUACAUGUAGCCGCUUGGCAGGGUCAUGCGGAGAUGGUGAAAAUGUUGAUAACCUUGGGUAAUGCCGAUGUGAAUGCCAUGGAUCUUGAGGCUCGAACACCACUACACUCCUGCGCCUGGCAGGGCAAUCACGAUGUCAUGAAUAUUCUACUUUACUUUGGAGCUUUGGCUGAUCAUGCCUGUAAGCAGGGUGCCUCCGCUUUGGGCAUUUCAGCUCAAGAGGGUCAUGAAAAAUGUGUAGUUGCUCUCUUGAAAUAUGGUGCAAAUCCUUAUAAAUCCGAUCAUUGUGGCCGUACACCAAUCAAAUUGGCUGCCAAAUCAAAUCGCACAAAUAUUUUAAAGAUUUUUGAUAACUACACCAAAAAUGAAUCUAACCAACCCAUCGAUGGUAGCAAGUUCCAUCAUGGCAAUAUGUUGCGCUCACCCGAUCAACCGCCCUCGAUUCCGGCUCAUGCUAAUCUCAGUAUGGGCGGUUUGUCGGCUUCGCCCUACCCACCACAUGCCUCAGCUUCAUCGGUAUGCUCAGCCGCCACUACAGCUACGGUCAACAACAAUAUGGCGGCGCCCAGUAUUCUGAAUGCCUCAAGCUCAACACAUAGUUCGAACAAUUUCUAUCAGAACACCAUGCAAUCGGAUACGAGCAGUUUGCACAAGCGUAAAAGUGUUAUUUCUAGUCAAUCAACUGGUAGCAGUAAUGAUGCACCUCUCACCUUUACUCAGCAAUUGCAACGACAAACAAAGCUCAGCUCACGCAACAAUCCAUUUAUGCAAAAUGCUUCAAUGGUUAACUCGAAGCAUAGCCAUUCGGCUUCAUCUUCAUCAUUGGCCCAUAAAACCGGUGGACAUCAACGACACUCACAAAUGUUGCCCGAUCUCAAUGAGCACCAAAUGGCAUCGAACAUGGCCAGUAAUGAGGCUGAUCUUUAUGAUAUGGAAUGUAUGUCGCCCUUGUAUGCUACACCACCUCAUUCGCCCAGCAGUGAGUUAAGCUCUCCCGGCCAAUUGCCUUCGAUUAAUAAUAUUGAAGAUUGUGCUGGCGGUGCGUCUGGCUUAAAUGGCGGUGGAUGCAUGAAUGGUGGACCCAGUGGCAGCUCGGGCGGAAAAUCUGUAUUACCCGAUAAUCAUUUUGCUCGUGAUACCCAUAUGCGCAUCAUUUUGGGAAAUUUAAAAGAAAACCAGGCAAGCUCAUCAAGCAAAAGCAAACGCAGUGGCAUUACCACCAAUCCCGCAAUGCGCCUCAUACGUAGUCGAUUCGAUUCAGCGGCCCAGCUCAUAAGGCGAACCAACAACAUACUAUCGAGCAAUAGUCAGGGUUCAUCCAGCAUUGGCGUCAAAUCGGGAACUUUCCAGUGGCGCAAAGAAAGUCAAAUGUAAAAUGUAAAGCGUAAUGCAAAUUAACAGAAAAAAAAAACAAAAACAAAAAUUCUAUUAAUUUUAAUUGAAUUAAUUAAAUAUUUAAUUUAACAUUUCUAUGCUCUAGGGAUGUAGAAAUGUUUAAAUUGUAGUUUAAAAUUUUUUUAUUUUGUUUGUUAUAAUCUGAUGAUUUGUUUAUGUUUUUAAGUAUUUGAUUUUGUGAUAGUUUAAACAUAAGUUUUAGCAUUAAUAAUUUAAUACAUUAACACUCACAUAUAUACACACAUAAUAUUUUAAAUUAUUUCUAGAAGAGAAAAACAAAAUCGUAGAACUUUUGAUGAUCAGAAACCUUCCGCUCCUUUUAAUCCCUCACCUCAAAUUUAAUAAGAAAUAUAAAUUACAAAUAGUUACAAUGCAAGUAGCAGAGAACUUAGAACAGAAGCAAAAUUAAAACAAUUUCAAGAAAAAUACAAUAAAUUAGAGAAAAACGAAAAAUAUAAGAAAUAUCACUUACACCGACAAUUAUACACACAAUUGUAGGAAGGGAAACGGAACUCAAUUAGCGAGGCAGCAAAGGAGGCACGAAGACAACUACACUGUAGCAUUGUAAUAACAUUCAUAGAAGUUUUUUACACACUCACAGAAACCUCAUUAAACUUAUAUACCAAUAAAUCCCGACCACUUCCCAUUGGAUUCCCUCCCUUCGGUUUUUUGGUUAGAAAAACACUAAAUUACAAUAUUAAAGCAAUAUGCGUAUGCCAUUUAGAUGUUUGUUUUUACAACAAUCACUUAUGUAUUCAGUUCAAUUAUUUUUUAAAACUCUAUUCUUAUUUAUAUAUAGUUUUAUAUAUAUAUAUAUAUAUAUAUAUAUGUAUGUUUACAUAAUACAAAAAAAAAGUUUAAAAAUAUUAUAGAAAAAAUAUAUUGUAACAAAAAAACAAAACAGAGACAUGAUUAUAAUGAAGCUGAAAGAGUGCAGAAACAUUUUCCCCGAAAUAUGAAAAUCUAUAUUAUCUUUAAGAAAAACAAACAAAAUGAAAAGAAAAGAAAACCGAAAGCGAGAGAAAAAACUCAACAUCGUAAAAAUCGUAUUGUUUUUAGUUUAACGAAAAACAAAUGUACUGACACACUUAUUAUUACUAGUAUACACGAUAUGAAACAAAAACAUUUAUAAUAUUAUUAUUAAUUAUUAUUUAAUUAAACCGAACAAAAAACACAAAAAUCCCUAGAAUACAGUCUGGACAGGCAUACAUACAUUCAUGAAACAAAAACAAACAAAUAAAACAACAAAACAUAAAUACUUAAUACAUUAGUCAUUAAAAAAGAGAAAUUAUUAAAUAAAUUAUUUUCAAUCUAAAUGAAACAAAAACUCACACAAUUUUUUGCUUUUUUUUGUGUUUUUGUUCCCAA